UUUUCUAAAAAUGUUGCAUAAAUUGAUUUUAAUUUUCCUUUUUGGAUUGUAUCUAGUAUCAGUGAUUAAUAGCAAAAAGUUGAGAAUAAUUGAAGGAGAAUUUGCACUUCCCGGACAAUUCCCUCAUCAAGUCUCGAUACAAGAAUUAUCUGGCGAUAAUUGCACGAGACAUGUUUGCGGUGGUAGUAUCAUUGAUGAAUGGCACAUUUUAACAGCUGCCCAUUGCGUUACUAGCAACUUGUUUCGCCAAUUUAAUAAUAUACCGAUUACAAUAGUUGCUGGAACUAUAGAUUUACUAAAUCGAACAUCGGCAGUAUAUCAUGAUGUCGAGUUGAUUUUUAUGCCACAUUCUUAUACACUCAAUGGUGACGAAGAAUAUAAAGAUGAUAUAGCCAUAUUGAAGUUGAGAGACCCAUUAUCACUCGAUUCUCAUCCAUACUUGCGGGCUGUAAAGUUACCGGCUUCCGAUCAAUACCUGCCACCCGAUAAUCUAAAUGCCGUCAUGUCUGGAUUUGGAGUUUUCAAAGAGUUUCUGAAAAAUGGCACAUGGAAAUUAAGCUAUAUGAGUAGAUAUUUACGAUAUGCUUACGGAGUUAUCAAUGUUCCUGAACCUAAAGGAUGUCUCGAUUCACAAAUUUGUGUAAAAUCGUUUAAUGCAUAUAUAGGUCGUUUGGAAGGAGUAUGCCACGUAAGUAACACUUAAUUAAUUUUAGUUUCUCGAUGUUUCUCGUAUUUCUCAUUUCAGGGGGACAGUGGAGGUCCUCUUUACGACGAGGCCACCAACACACUGAUUGGUAUUACUAGUCACAAAGUUUAUGAACGGUGUGGAACGGUUGCCAGAUUUACCAGAGUUUCAUCUUUUUUGGAUUUUAUCAACAAAGUAGUUGUUAAUCGCAUAGAUCCCACGAAUAUUCUGUUUACAAAACAGUCGCAUAAUAAUGCAAUCGAGUUUCCACACCGCACGGUUUGUAAUG